AUGGGUAACAAAAGAAGUGGGAAUAGUCAGAAUAGGAAUAAUAAGAGAAGAAGAAAUGGUGAUGAUGACGAAGGUUCAAAUUCUCAUCAAUUAGACCCUGUUUUCGGUCAAUAUAGAGCACUACCCAUAUCUCAAGAGAAAUUGGCAAAUGUCAAACCAGAUACGAUUCCAGAAGAUGCAGAGACUUAUUUGGCAAUGGUGAGGCGUCAAGCUGAGACUGGUUCAAGUGUAAUGUUCAUAUCUAAAGAGAUUAAUUAUGAUGAUGAUGGGGAAGAACAAACGAAAGUAUCUACUGCGAUACAGAUAAAUUCAAAAACUGAUGAAGAAAUCGAGUAUGAAAGAAGUAUAUUAGAAAAGUUUCAAAGAGAAAGAGAAUCAUUACCUCAAGCUGGUGAAUUAGAUAUCCCUUCAAAUUUUGUCUUUCCAGAAAAUUUCACAGAAUGGAGAAGAUUUGUAAUGCAAAACCAACCAACAGUAUCACUGAUAUCCAAUUUUGAUCAUGAAUUAACAAUAUCCACAUGGAUAUUCGCAUUAUUAGUGAAGUUAAAUGAUGUGUUGGAGAGUAGUGAUUCAGCCACGGUAAGAGAACUAGCACAAAGAGCAAAAAAGAUCAAUGCUAAAGGUGAUGUUGUUAGUGAAACUACUCGUGCUACUAAUGAUUUUGUUAUAAUUAUUGUUUCUAGAUUUUUCGGACAAAGAGAUCUUGAGUUGUGA